UACAGAGACAGCAAGACACUGAUGCGGACCCAUCAUCGCGCGCACUUCCGUCCCCGUCUGCUCUCAUGUUGCUGAACCCGUCCGACGCCUUGUUCCUCGCACCAUGUCGGAUUCAGUGGAUCGUGUCUUCGUCCAUGCCCUUAACACGGUGAAACGCAUUCCCCGCACGGGGACCGCUAGACCGCCGGCGUCGGAGAGAUUGAAGCUCUAUGGCUUGUAUAAGCAGAGCAUGGAAGGCGAUGUCGAAGGCGUCAUGGAUCGACCGGUCGGGAAUACUGCGGAUGUGUUUAUGGAGUGUGAGAAAUGGGACGCAUGGCACGCCCAACGAGGUCUCUCCCGCACAGAAGCCAAACGACGCUACAUCUCCACCCUCAUCGAAACCAUGCAUAACUACGCUUCCCAAACAGCCGAGGCAAGGGAACUCGUCGCCGAAUUGGAAUUCGUUUGGGAUCAGAUCAAAUCCAACCCGUCUUCGUCGUCUAUGUCGUCAUCCCAGGAACCGGGUAGUCCGGUGGCUUCUGCAGCGGUGUCGAUGCGUGAUCACGCGAGGUUACAGCCGCAGUCUAGUAAUAGAUUGACUCGUCCGGAGUAUGAGCAGUUACUUGCCAAUACGGCUAGAGGAAGAGGGAGUGAGAGACUACGGGUGUUAAGUCCGGUUAGUCAGGCGGAGUCAGGGUUUCGACGACAGAUGGAGGAGGAGCCGGCAGAAGAGGAAGAAGAAGAGGAAGAGGAGGAAGUGUACGCGGAAGCACAGGAUAAUCUAUUCGAGAAUGAUGAAGAAGAAGAGGACGAAGAAGGACACAUGGAGGAAGAAGAAUACAACAACAAUCACGACCGUCACGAAUCGCAUGACUAUCACCAACAAGGAUACAACUUCCCCUCCCACCAGGAAGAAUACGACCACGAUCACCACCACCAUGAUACCCUAAGUCGAAGACGACCACCCCCCGACGACUCCAAACGCUGGCGUCGCACAGUCGAGCAGGCCUUGACGACCAUGACCGCGGAAAUCGCCGCCGUGCGAGAACAACUGGAAGCGCGAGCGUUAGCUCAUCGUCGACGAACGGGCCUGUGGGCCUGGCUGAAGUGGUUAGUUUGGGUCGCUGCACGGCAGAUCAUGGUUGAUUUGGCACUGCUGGGUAUGCUUCUUAUCUGGAUGAGACUGCGAGGAGAUCGCAGGUUGGAGGAGAAGUUGAAGGUGGGUUGGGCGGAGGUGAAGACGAGGUUGGUGUUGUUGAUGGUGUUCAGGAGGGUUAGGAGGGUGGUGUCGACGUCUCCUGAAUCUUCUUCUUCUGGUGAUAAGACCUCAUCGUGAGGUUCUGAUGCCCUUUGCCUUACCGUCAAUGGGUGCAUAAUUCCCUUUCUUUUGUCUUUUCUUGGUACAUAUACAUAUAUACCUUUCCUUUCUUUCUUAUUCUUACUUAUUAUACCUUCUCUACCUUUUUAUUUUCAUUUCUUUUGUUGUGUCAGG